AAAAAGUAUUAAAUGGUACAUUUUGGCACGUAGUAUGCGGCCUGAGCUUCCUAAAUCCUGCCAACAUCCCCCCACAGAACAAAAAUAAAUCCCGAAUUGAGUAAUAGAUCUCCCAAAUGGAUUAGACGAAAUUGAAACGUUUGUGAAAGCCUUCUUAUCCAUGCCAAAUCCACCUUGUUCUGAUCAAUCACACAUUCAACGACAGCAGUCAAAGCCUCUGACCGAAAGUGAAACCUUGUAGCUACUUGCUAGUUGCUAUCUUUUUCUUGUUUCUUGAUCCUUCAAGCUUGGGCUCAAAAACCUUCCGUUUAGAACUAGACUUGUGAUGGGCAUCCUCCAUGUCUUCUUUUGCGUUGUCCUUUUAGCUGGGAUUCUAUGUACGGAAUCCAAUUUCAUCGCUUACAAUACUUCUCAGAGCAUAGUCCCCGGAAAGCUUAAUGUCCAUUUGGUUCCUCACACUCACGACGAUGUUGGUUGGUUGAAGACCGUUGACCAGUAUUACGUUGGCUCCAACAAUUCCAUCCAGGGGGCGUGCGUUCAGAAUGUAUUGGAUUCUAUGGUGUCUGCGCUAUUGGCUGACAAGAAUCGAAAGUUUAUCUAUGUUGAGCAGGCAUUUUUCCAACGAUGGUGGAGAGAUCAGAGUGAGACAGUCCAGGAUGUGGUUAAGCAGCUGGUGAGCUCAGGUCAACUGGAGUUCAUAAAUGGGGGUAUGUGCAUGCAUGAUGAAGCAGCAACACAUUACAUUGACAUGAUUGAUCAGACAACCCUUGGGCAUCGGUUUAUCAAAAAGGAGUUUGGGGUUGUUCCAAGGAUUGGUUGGCAAAUAGAUCCCUUUGGACAUUCUGCAGUACAGGCAUAUUUGUUGGGAGCAGAAGUUGGAUUCGACUCACUUUUCUUUGGUCGAAUAGAUUACCAAGACAGAGCUAAGCGCAAAAAUGAGAAAAGUCUUGAAGUUGUCUGGCAGGGUUCCAAGAGCCUUGGUUCAUCUGCUCAGAUUUUUGCUGGUGCAUUUCCUGAAAAUUAUGAGCCCCCACCUGGUGGUUUCUACUUCGAAGUUAACGAUGAUUCCCCUAUAGUUCAAGAUGACAUUAACUUGUUCGACUACAAUGUUCAAGACCGAGUAAAUGACUUUGUUGCUGCUGCAGUAUCACAGGCUAAUAUAACUCGAACAAAUCAUAUAAUGUGGACAAUGGGGACAGAUUUUAAGUAUCAGUAUGCGCAUACAUGGUUCCGGCAGAUGGACAAACUCAUUCAUUAUGUCAACAAGGAUGGCCGCGUCAAUGCUCUGUACUCUACCCCAUCCAUAUAUACUGAUGCAAAAUAUGCUAGAGAUGAAUCCUGGCCAAUCAAGACUGAAGACUUCUUCCCUUAUGCAGAUCGUCCAAAUGCGUACUGGACAGGAUACUUUACCAGUAGGCCAGCUCUCAAGCGCUAUGUCAGAAUAAUGAGUGGCUAUUAUUUGGCAGCAAGGCAACUGGAGUUUUUUAAAGGGAGGAGUAAUUAUGGGCCCAACACAGACUCACUUGCAGAUGCUUUAGCAAUUGCUCAGCAUCAUGAUGCAGUUUCUGGUACAGAAAAGCAGCAUGUGGCUAAUGAUUAUGCAAAACGUUUGUCAAUAGGAUACACGAAGGCUGAGGAAUUAGUUGCAUCUUCAUUUGCUUGCUUGGCUCAGUCUGCAUCAGAUACUGGAUGUGGGAGCCCAACCAUGAAGUUUCAACAGUGCCCACUUCUGAAUAUAAGUUACUGUCCGGCAUCAGAAGCUGAUCUGUCUCAAGGACAGAAUUUGAUAGUCUUGGCCUACAAUGCUCUUGGAUGGAAGAGAGAUGAUGUAGUUCAAAUCCCAGUUAUCAAUGAAGAUGUUACUGUGCAUGACUUUGAGGGAAGAGAAAUUGAAUCCCAGCUUCUUCCUCUGGCCACAGCCUAUGUGGGCUUAAGGAACUACCAUGUUAGGGCAUAUGUAGGUCGAAGUCCAACUCAGACACCCAAGUAUUUGCUUGCAUUUAAGGUGUCUGUACCACCACUUGGUUUCAGCACGUAUACUAUUUCCAGCGUGAAAAAGCCAGGCACUAGUUCAAUCAGAUCAUCUCUAUACCAGUUUCAGAGUGGUGAAAAAUCUAGUGUUGAAGUUGGUCAAGGAAAUUUAAAGCUUACUUUUUCCACAGAUCAUGGAAAAAUUACUAAUUACGUUAAUAGCAGAAGCUUGAUUGAGGAACCAGUUGAACAAUCGUACAGUUAUUACUCUGGAUUCAAGGGAAAUGACAAAGACACUCAGAACUCGGGGGCAUAUAUCUUCCGACCAAAUGGUACAUUUCCCGUAGAGCCUGACGAACAGGCUCCGUUGACUGUUAUGCGUGGACCAGUAAUAGAAGAAGUACAUCAACAUAUCAAUCCAUGGAUUUAUCAGAUUACCAGACUGCAAAAGGGGAAAGAGCAUGUUGAAGUUGAGUUUAUUGUUGGACCUAUACCCAUUGAUGAUGGUGUUGGAAAAGAAGUUGCAACUCAAGUUACAACUACCAUGGAUACCGACAAAGCAUUCUACACAGAUUCUAAUGGGCGUGACUUUAUCAAAAGGAUUCGUGAUUAUCGAGCAGAUUGGGACCUAGAAGUGAAUCAACCAGUUGCUGGAAAUUAUUAUCCAAUUAAUCUUGGGAUUUACCUGCAAGAUAAUCAAUCGGAAUUUUCAAUUUUGGUGGAUCGUUCUAUUGGGGGAUCCAGCACAGUGGAUGGACAAAUAGAGUUGAUGCUCCACAGGAGACUGGUACUUGAUGAUUCAAGAGGUGUUGCAGAGGCCUUAAAUGAAACAGUCUGUGUUCAUAAUAAAUGCACAGGACUAACUAUCCAAGGAAAGUUUUAUUACCGAUUUGACCCCUUGGGAGAGGGGGCUAAGUGGCGUCGUACUGUUGGCCAGGAGAUAUAUUCUCCACUUCUUCUAGCAUUUGCCGAACAGGAUGGUGAUAACUGGAUGAAUUCCCAUGUAGCGAGUUUUUCAGGGAUUGACUCCUCUUACAGUUUACCUGAUAAUGUUGCUCUAGUAACUCUCCAGGAGCUCGAUGACGGAAAAGUUCUCCUUCGGUUAGCACAUCUAUAUGAGAUUGGAGAAGACAGGGAUCUUUCUGUACUGACACACGUAGAGCUGAAAAAGCUGUUCCCCAAGAAGAAGAUCAGUAAAGUCACAGAGACAAACUUAUCUGCGAAUCAAGAAAGAACAGAAAUGGAGAAGAAGAGGCUUGUUUGGAAAGUGGAAGGCUCUUCACGAGAAGAAAAGAUCACGAGGGGUGGACCUGUCGAUCCUGCAAAACUUGUUGUAGAACUCGCCCCCAUGGAAAUCCGCACCUUUGUUAUUGACUUCAAUUCAGUGUCCAUGGUGAUGUAGUUGCUGCCUAAUAAUGGGAAAUGUUUUCAUGAGGUGAUUGCUUGUUCAGAAGACGUGCUAAAUUCCACUGGAGCUCCGUUUCGGUUGUAAGUAGGCACGGGUGUUAAUAACGAGAUAAUUAGCUCGAUCUCCAUGCGAUCAAAGUUAAGGCUGGACAUGGAUGCAACAUUAAGGAAGUUACAUUGGAUGUAUUUAUCUGAAUAGAAGAUCGAACCCUGUUGUUUCUGUCAAAAGUGGUGUUGUUUCGUGUUUC